UUGUGCAAAUUUAGAUUUAAAGCAUGGAACGUUGUUUUUGUACUGGUGCGUUUAGCAAGCGCGGUGUUGGCUGUGCUCACUUUGUGGUACGGUCUUCGAUCUAACGAAACACCUUACAUGGAUCCAGUCAAUGGAAAUUUCAAUACCGCUUUCAUCCGGUUGAACAGCCUGUUGUGCGUUUUGGCACUGCAGCUGUAUAUGUUAUGGAAUUUCGUACUGUUUCACGUGCGUCGCUACAGGGAGAAACAUAGCAAAGUUAAGGUGGAUAAACAGUUCAAAAUUCAGCAAAAGAGAAGGAAACAUGCGAGCGACGACGUGAGUUGUUCUUUACGGUUCAGGCUUGAAGAGAUUAGCGAUGCACCCUAUUUUCGUUUUGUCCUAAAUUUUUAAUU